AAAAAAAAGAAAAAAAAAAAAAAGAAAAAAGAAGCAUAAAGCAUAAAAUAUUAUUAAAGAAAGCCAAAAAAAAAAGGGAGCAAGAACAGGAACCACAAAGCUCAAAACUGAUUCAGCAGUUAGUUUCAUCGACUUGUGGGUUGAAGGCCCAGGUUCCCGCCGGUCGUUACGUACAGUAACAGCCUCUACCAAUGAUACCAUACGCCGGUUGGCUGUCACUCCUUAUGGUGGCACACACACGGACACACCUUUUCCAGAUCGUGGGGACUUGCGUUUUGCCAUCGUAAAACAGGGAUGCGAUGAUUCGCAACAAGGGUAGGCUAGCAAAAUGGAUGUUGUGCACGAAAUACGGUUGAGGCGGACCAUUGCGACUGGCAGACUGGCAGUCUAGCGGCUAAGGGGCCGUGGGUCAGGAUUCCAUUGCGCUUGAGCUAGCAAAACGAAGCGAAAAAAAGGAGACGAUAUUAUAACAAUAAUAAUAUAAAAGCAAAAAAAAAAAAAAAAAAAAAAAAAAAAAAAAAAAAAAAAAAAAAAAAAACGCCCUGCGUCUGGGCUCGAUGGUCUGGUAACAUGAUUAAUGGGGCCGAAGGUACAAGUAAGUACAGUACAUACAGAAAUCUGCCAGGAAUCGGCAGAGUAUCCCAGCCACUCUCGUUUCUCUGAGGAGAGGAGGAGGAGGAAGAAAGUAAGGCGUGGAACUAUCGCAAUCCUCAUGUUCACUUCAGGCAUGCAGGGGGCCAGCCAUGCUUGCACGAUGAUUCGGAAACGCCGCCCAACACUAUUAUUAUUAUUCUCCCCCCCUCCCCCUCCCCGGGGUCAUACAAAGCAGCAUAUACCCAUGUUUGAGAAUAGCGUGGUUCUUUGACUCGAACCCACCAUCGGCUUCGCCUCUUUCACAGGGAGAUCUCGGUGGGCUGGGUUGGUGAUGGCUUUCUUGCAUUACCGUCAAACUCCCAGAACCGAUUGAUAAACACUGUUGGCAGGAGGAAGAAGAGCAACGGGACUGACAACCUUGCUUUGGUAGCUGGCUGUUUGUUGUUGGGUUGGUGGGGUUGGGUGGCUGGUGUCAAACAGGGUACUGUCCAUAGUAUGUCCAGAUACUAUACGGAAUAGCCAAGUCCGAUUUCUUUACGUCAACUACGUCAAUGACAAUUCUUAACUUCCUGAAACGCUUCGUGAUGGAAAUAAAUGAUGCUGAGAUCUAAGAGAAAGAAAAAAAAAGUGAAAGGAAAACUUGGAAAUUUUGGUUUUGAGUCCAGCUCAUCAAAAGGGUUUGAUUCAUUAUUCAGCAGCAAGGGGGUGGUAAUAGUCAUCUUUCCAUCAAAGCUGGCCGUCAUACAAAGUUUCAUCAGUACGAUUGCAUUCCAAUUACCCGUUCGUGGUUAAGUUGCGCAAUUUCAUGGCCUUGUUGCGAAGUCUGGGGGCCGAUUUCAAAGCGGACAAUGCUGCCAUAUUUGGCCUUGAGGGCAUUGGGGAGCAUGUACUGUGCUCGAUGACGGGGCUCUGAGGAAAAAAUAAUCCAAUACACAAAUUAUGAUUCACAUUGAUUUCAAAAAUAACUUAAGAAAGAAAGACUAGGCCUAAAAAAGGAUGGGGCUCAGACGAAAUCCAGGGAUUAACAGUUAACUUAGAGCACAAGCAAACCCGUUGCUACCAACAGCUUGUAAAGCCGCAAUGCUUUGAGAAAGGACCAAAGCCGGCUUGAGGAUGGCAAUCGCUUUUUUCCCCUUCCCUCCCCUUUCUCUCCUGAUCUCACUGUGGCUCGGGUGCAUGGAUCUGGCGCUGGUGCGAGCCUCCGGGCGCCAAAGGAUGUUUUGCGAAAAUCGAGAGAAUAUGAAAAAGGAGGAUCUCCCUGGCCCUUCCACGGCUCACCCGCUUGAACAUCACAAGGAUUUAUUAGCCCCAGGAAUAGAGACCAAGGGCGCCAGUGGGUGGGGUCCAAAGGCAGCAAACCCUAACAACAGCCAGUUAGCGUCGAUACCGGAGCUCGAGAGCGCAGCCAAUAAUGGAUGAUGAUGCCGAGAUAUACGUGAUUUGGUCGAGGUGCCACACCAGAGUCCUGGACCGAGCGGCCAAUGGCUGGGGCCCUAAUUCUGCUCAGGGACGGAUGGAUGGUACUCCGUACAUGUAAUGUAACUACUGUACAUACUUUUAGAGGGAUGGCUGAUUGCUCCGAAUCUCUUUCUCUUUUCCUUGACAUGUUCGGUGAAGUUGACACAACCACAACCGUAGCCUAGAAGAACGCAACUUUUUGAGCUGACCAGGGUAUGUUGCUGGUCAGUGGUCACAGCCACAACUAGACACUGCGAGACAGAAAUCCAAUUCGCCCCCCCUCAAUUGAGAUACUCGCAAACUUUGGCCCAGUCCGUAGUAGAGACAAGCGACUCAAAAAGACCCCUGUUCCUGCGCAUGAAUUCUUUCUCUGGUGCUGGUGGCAACUGUCCCAACGACUUCCACUCCAGUGCAAUUGAUUCCACUCACAGGAAAAAGAAAUGAAAGCUAAGAGGGAAAAAGGCGUUGUUUUACAGCGCGGAGUUUCCAUGCGAUUUUCAACCGUUUCAGCCAGCCAUCACCCUUAGCGUGAGAUGACCAGCAGGCCAGCCAUUCCUGUGGAGCAAGCUAGCAACAAGCGUUGCUGCGCCGAGAAAACAUCAGUUUCUGAUCGGGUAGAUCGAACAUUCAAAAAUUCGAAAUUGAACGACUUUUAGUGCCAGCCGGCGACCCUCAAGCGCUAACUAGGCGGGGAAGAUCGCUUAAUCAAUCGUCAUAGACCGUCUGAGUUUGCAGGGAUAUGGUGCCCGGUUCUUAUUCGACCAUGAAACUCAGGGUCAAUCUGAGCUGUGGUAGCUAAAUCAGGCUAUGUUUUGUCACUAGACUGCGUAGAAAACGAUUUCUGGUCGCUAAUAUGCUGCACGUCUUAAAUGUGCAGGUAGACGUGCAAAUAUAUCUAUCAUUAUCAUCAUUUAUCAGGCGAAGACUGUAUAUUUCCUGGGGGUGUGUUGAGCCAUCACCACAAAAUCGAUACACAUUACCGAGCCUUCACUGUGGCUGCAAAAGGAAAAUCCACUCUUUUUGCUACCACUGACAUGAUGUUACAUGGGCCUGUAAUAAAGUGAUCAGCGCAUCAUCCAUACCUAGGCUAGCUUCUUAGACCGCCAUAGUAGCAUAGCGAGGGAUUUAACUCCGACUUAAGGCGUAUUUUAUCUGUGCUAAUUAGCUAUCAAGCAUCACCUUGUUUUCUGGCUAUCUGCUUCGGGAAGUUUCCAAACCAAAGUCGGUUUCACUGCUAUCAGAGUGUUGACGGUCUCUACCCUGGAAUGCGGCGAGAGAAAUUACUAGCAGAGACUCGAGAGAAAGGAAGAAGGGAUAUAACCUGGGAACCCGGCCCCCUCAUUACCAGAUUUUCCCCCACUGGCCACGGAAUCAUCCCCUUGACACGCAAGGAGAGUUGAUUGAGCUAAGAGUCCCAACAGCUAGUUCACACCUAUAUUCUGUGCAGAUGCAGGUCAUGAAAACGUCCCGAGACACUUAUACUAGCGGCUGAUUGGAUGAGGCUUCCUUGAUAUGAUCACUCCCUCUUCUCCUUCUCGGGAGGGGGAAGAGACCGAGUGUUCCGACAGGGCCAUAUCGAGAAUCGUCAACUCAGCCGUUGCGUUUGGGAUGGUGGAGGCUUGCUAGUGCUUAUUGGCGUUGCAAUGCUUGUUGACUAAGAAAAUCAAAAGUUGUUUUACGCAUACGUUGCGAGAGCUGGUUUCCUCAAUUCUACUGGUAAUCCGCCUUAGUUCCAUGCUCAAUGCCAAAUUAUCCUGAUACGAUUUAGCCGCCUGGGGGCCUGCCAUUCGCAUCAAUUCAUGGUCCUCCUCGAAUGGCCAUUGAAGCAUUGAUCAUGCGUUUUAGUUGGGCCAAAGUCGGAAAUGAUGACGGUCGUUAUUUUGCAACCGUAGUUAGUAAAUCCUCCAUACGCCCGGGUUAUAGGAGCCGUUUCCAGGUGCCUUGCUUGGUGGAUGCAACCAUUAUUGGAACCAACGGCUCCCCCGGUUCAGUUGCUUCUGGCAGAAAGUAAUCAACGACUCCGCAUUUUUCAGAUCUGAGGCCUUCUAAAAAGAAAAAAAGCGAUCUGCUGCAGAGACCAUUGAAGGUAAACUGGAAAACGGGUAUCCAAGACAAUUUCUUUCUCGCUCCUCAUGUUAUCUGCUGAAACUAUUAGGUUAUUAUUGGUCUUUAAAGCCGCUGACCUGGGUUCCUGUUCUCCCCUGAUGAUUUGCCGAGCGGUUUUGGUCCCAGUAAUUCGCUACUCCUCACCCAAAGUACUAGGUAUUCUUCUCAAUACUAUGCGUAACCCCCUUUCAAUCCAUGCAUGGCAGCAACAUGGGUCACCAUGCUUUAUGUUCUCAUUCUUUCAACCUCAUGAGAGUUGCUAUUCCAUUUCAGGAAAUUGGAAGCUUGAUCCCCACGCCAUAUGGACCUAAAAGCAAUUAUUGUUUAGCACACCGCACCAAGCGCAACCGUUCGUCAAACCCAUGCAUAAUUGAGGAUAUUAUUGCAGGGUCGGAAGAAUAAAAGGAAUCGAACGAUCGGCUUUUUAAUAUGAGGUUCAUCCUGCACGAAUCGGGAACAUACAUGAUGUGGCAGAUGGCGGCAGUAGUGGAAAGAGAAGCUUUCUUUCUCGAGCAUCCUCUUAGCCGAGGAAAACCGAGCUGGCCUUGGGGUAUUGUACUCCCGUGGGCCGUGACUUGAGUGUUUGAGGAGCUAUGGGGAAAGCAUCUGAGUGGUGGAGCGCUAGAACUGCACCGUUGCACUUUAAAAGUCAAAGUAAAAAAAAAAAGUCUCUCAGUCC